CUUGAGUGGCUAAUACGGAUAUUAGCCUCUAUCAUACUAAACGUGUCUCGCGAAACAUAUUACUUCUGGACUACAGAGAAUUUCUCGAUUUGAAAGAAUGAUACGGUGGUAUAUCUUAUGUCGCCCUUUCAAUGUGAAGCGCGCCCUCUUGGUUUUGUGUAUCGCCGUCGCAUUUAUCUGGUUGUUAUCCUCCCUAAAAGGAAACUGCGAGAUUCACAUUCGCGACGACGAGUUCUACCCAUACGUGCAAUUCAAUUUGAAUGAUCCACAGGUCUCUCCAGUUGGAAUUGAAAACAAAUGGUUUUAUCUCGCUGUAGUAGUGAACGCAGAUCCCCGUAAACCUGAGAAUAGAAAGGCGAUACGUGGAUCAUGGGGUUUGGCGAAUUUACAGCGUGGAUAUAUCGCAAGCAAUCAAGACAAGCUCGAAUGGAAAGUGUUCUUCGCCAUGGGCAAAACCGGCGACAAUUCACAAGACUCUAGGAACAUCAGAGAAGCUGAAGAACAGAACGAUCUAUUGAUUGGUAAUUUCAUUGAUACUUACAAUAACCUGGUAGUCAAAACCUUUAUGAGUCAUCUAUGGACACUCAGACUCAAAUGCAAAUACGUGCUAAAAACAGACGAAGAUGUGUACAUAAGACUCCCCGUACUUAUAUCAUGGCUUCGUUCACAGGGCUCGCCAGCCCGCUUUUAUGGCGGACAUGUGUACGAGGGCUAUCGAGCAAUACGCGACCCCUGUAGCAGUAAGUGGGCCAUCAGCAAAGCUUAUUUUCCAGACUACUAUUUCCCGCCGUUUUGCGGCGGCGCUUUCCAUGUUAUUUCUUCAGACGUGGUACCCGAUAUAGUGUGGUAUACUAGUCAGCGUCCCCCCUUUCAUUUGGACGAUGCGUAUAUCGGCGUAGUGGCGAGAGAUUUAGGGAUUCAAGCGGUCAAUAUACCGGGUUUUAACGCACAUGACUAUAAUACUAUACGAGAAUUUAAGAAAAGCAAGAUUUUAAAGAAUACUCUAGACAAGAAAAUUGCAAUUGGGCAUCGAAUAGAACCUGAGUGGAUAAAACGCUUUCAUGACUAUUACUUUCCGUUAAAAUCCAAUAGACCACAGGUAGUUACAAUUUAGGAUAUAUUUUUUAUCUGUUUAUAGACUCUAUAAAAUGUAAGAGGUUUGUUUAUAAAAUGUUUGUUUAUGAUGAGUUGCUCACGUGCAAGGCAUAAUAGGAGCUUUAAAUCCUCCUUGGCCACUACCAGAAACCAUGUAGUGUGCGACCAAUUUUGUCAACUAUCCGAGAAACAUUUCUUUGUCGCUGCUACAAGAUUUUCCACGCGCUACAAUGUACCUAGCAUAGUCUAGCCAGGGCUUAGCACACUUUAUUUUUUUAUUCCCCACAGCAUGAUAUUUCUAUAUUUCAAAUCUUGUCCUUGUUAAAUCAGACACUUGUAGAUCGUUUGCUUUAUCUACUCAGCCCCCCAAAUAGUCUGGUCAUUGAUCAGGCCUUUAUUUACCUCUUUCUAUUCCUUUAAAAAAAGUAGACAAUGAUUGAUCGGGACACGUGGGGCAGCAACAAGUGACCACGGAUUAUCUUUUGUUUUAUGGUAAUUAUUUAAGCUGUUUGAUGGUAAUUAUUUCACCUAAUCGAUAAUUCAUAAACGGCAGGUUCCUGUAUAAAAUGCCGACCCCAACAAUCAAUCAAGUUUAUUUCACCAAAUAAUAGUAUAAUGAUAACAAUGCAAAAAAAAGUGAUGAUGAGGAGUCUACUAAAAGCACAAUGUGUCAGCGGUCUCAUUUCUCACUGUGUUGUUGUAGCGAUAAGAACUCUGUACCCCCUACCAAACUAAACCUUGAGAGAUAAUAAGUCACUAGGACAUAAGUCACAACGAGAAUUAUAAAACCUUGUUUUAUUUUUAAUACAAGGAUUUUUUGAUAAUUUCACGGGGUACAAUCUAUGCAAAUUUAAAUUCGCCCUAGACAGUCCUUCCAAGUCGUUUCCGGGAGCGUUGUGUGACUCCAACCGCUGGGGGUUGUUUUAAAAACAGAGCCUGAUUGAACUUAACAAAUUGUUAAUUAAACAUGCACUAUUCCAUGA